GUGGAUGCGUCUGAGUACCGGGCCUUUGCAGAGCAUGUGCACGUGAUGGAUGUGAAUGGUCCUCCAGCUGAGGGCUACUAUAAGUGGCUGAAGGAACUCGUUCUUGAUCAGGCCAAUUCCUCCGAAGCUGAAGUCAUUCGCCUGGACCAAGUGACUUGUGACCUUUCUCCUGGUGACGGACGGUGGCGUUGGGUCACACGAGAAACGAUCCUGCACAAGUUCGAGCUAUGGUCGGCUGGCUACUUGACUCAGCGCACCACUGCAGAUUGGGCGAAAACCAUGGCCAAGGCAAUCCCUUGCAAGCUGGAGUCUUUGCAGCCAAAGCAGGCAGCAAUGAGAGGCCUCAAGGAGAGUGUGCAGACUCAGGCAGGCUGGAAUCCCUACUCUUCGGUGACCAUGCA